AUGUACGCCAAUGUUCACCCUAUCCAGGUACUUCUAGCUGAGUUUAAGAAGACAGGAAAACUCUACGCCAUUAAAGCGUUGAAGAAGAGGGAUAUUGUAACCCGUGAUGAAGUGGACAGGUUAGUGUUCUUUAUUAAGACAUAUACCAUACAAUGAAUAGGCUUGCUCACCUUACACACGUACAGUAGUGAUACACACAGAUACUAACUUAUUUACAGUAAGAAAUGCUCUUUCUGAUGCCUUGACAGUCUUAUGUGUGAGAAGAGGAUCUUUGAGAUGAUCAACGCAUCGAGGCACCCUUUCCUGGUCAACCUGCACGGCUGUUUCCAGACCAGUGAGCAUGUGUGUUUUGUCAUGGAGUACUCACCAGGAGGAGACCUCAUGAUUCACAUCCAUAAUAACGUCUUCUCUGAGUUGCAGACCAGGUGAGUUUUACCUUCCAACCACAAGCACACACACACAUACAUACACACACACACAUGCACGCGCCAUUAAAAAACAAUUUGAACAGUGCAAAUUUGUAUUGUGUUUACUUUUGUUCGAUUCUCUUUGGGUUACAGGUUCUACUCAGCUUGUGUUUUGCUGGGUCUAGAGUUCCUGCAUCUGAAUAAGAUAGUUUAUCGGUGAGUCGUGUCUGAGUCGUAUUGACUCACGGGUGUUAUAAACCAGCACUAAAUACAGCUCUGGCUACAGCUUAUUUAAAUUGCAUGUGUUUUACACAGAGAUUUGAAGUUGGACAACUUGCUGAUGGAUGCAGACGGAUUUGUUAAAAUCACAGACUUUGGACUUUGUAAAGAAGGUAAAACUAUGGUUUAUCAUAUCUUAUGACAGGGUUUGUGGUUAUGUGUGGAAAUUACGUGUGUGUGUGUGUGUGUGUGUGUGUGUGCGCGUGCGUUUAGUUAAACACUGUUCCAUCUGCUGUUGUCCUGGCAGGGAUGGGGCAUGGCGACCGGACAUCAACAUUCUGUGGAACCCCAGAGUUCCUGGCGCCUGAGGUGCUUACUGAUGAUAACUACACACGAGCUGUGGACUGGUGGGGCAUGGGUGUCCUUAUCUUUGAGAUGCUUGUGGGAGAGGUAAGUAAUCAACAGACCAAAAACACACUCCCUAAAACACAGUCAUAUAUUUUUGUAAAAGAAACAACAACAAAAACAGUCACAAAGCAAUAAUAACAGCACAAAUACACAGAAAUGUAAUGCUUUAUAGUUUCAAUGACUGGUGGUUGUAUAUCAGAAUAAAGGCUUCCCUCUCUCUAUCUUGUGCCAGUCUCCAUUCCCAGGAGAAGAUGAAGAGGAGGUGUUUGACAGCAUAGUUAAUGACGAUGUUCAGUAUCCUGGAUGCCUUUCUCCAGACUCCAUCUCCAUCAUUCAAAAUGUAUUUUUGUCUCUCAUAUUUGUUAUUCGGAAACUGUUCAGAAAGAUUUUUGUUAUGAAAAUAUCAGUGUUUGUUUUGAACCAUCACCCUGUCUGUACAUGCUGACCCCUAAUCAAACCCCUCCACCCUGCAGCUUCUUAAGAGGAAUCCAGAGAAAAGACUGGGAGCCGGAGAGGGGGAUGCAAAUGAAGUCAAGGGAGAGAAAUUCUUCAAGGUCAUUUAGUUCAAAUCAAAUAAUUUUCAAUCAAUGCUUUUACAUAUACUGUAGAUGCAUCAACCUUAUCUUUGAGAUGGUUGUGGGAGAAUACCUUCUAUUUUCUAACUUAACCCUUAUGUACUGUAUCUAUUUGACAAACAGACUAUAGACUGGGAUGCACUGCUAGCUAAAAAAGUGAAACCUCCAUUCCUGCCAAAAAUCAAGGAGUCUGUGGAUGUCAGUAACUUUGACAGCGAGUUCACGAGUCUCCAGCCGAUCCUGUCACCUCCCCCCGUGUCCUGCAGCCUAUCCCCUGAGCAGCAGGAGGCCUUCGCAGAUUUUGACUUCUCAGCCCUGCAUGGAUGA